GUAGAGUCAGACAGUAGACAGCACGCACAUCUAGCAGCGAGUAAGAAAAAAAAAACAUACAAACAAAAACCCGUCAAGAACUGGCCUUCAGUCCGAAACGACUAGCCAUGGCGGAGCUCCGCCACUCAAGCUCGAUCGGCGGCAGACCAACACCGUCACCUAGAAAACGCGAUGACGUCACUUCACCACUAUCAUCAUCAUCAUCAUCAACAACAACAGAAACACAUCCACAUCCAUCUCAUUUCAACAACAACAAUGAUGACGAUGAUGAUGGCGGUCGAGAUCGGUACCCUAGAGAUCGAAUCAGAUCAUUAUUUUCAAAUAAUACUUAUUUACAGUUAUUAGAUGAAAGCGGUGUAAUUAGGGUUUAUAUUUAUACACAUUUUAAGAUGUUGCUUUUACUCUCCACACUCAUCGCUUUUGCUGGAUUGUAUUCCGCUUAUUCCCUCAUUACUCAUCUUAAUGCACCUUACUUGUGUACCAAGGAUGGCAUUACGCUUCAUUGCCCUCGGGUGAAGGAGGCACCUUCUUUGUGGGAGAAUCCGCUAUCAGCCACUACUUCUUGGAAGUCAUGUGCAGAAAGACGCAUCGGUGCAAUUUCAGAUCUUCUCGAGGCAAAUGAAACAAAUGGAUAUAUAUUUAUUCAUGCAGAGGGCGGGCUAAAUCAGCAAAGAAUUGCUAUAUGCAACGCUGUUGCAGUUGCCAAAAUCAUGAAUGCCACUCUUAUACUUCCAGUGUUAAAGCAAGACCAGAUCUGGAAAGACCAAACAAAGUUCGAGGAUAUAUUUGAUGUGGAUCAUUUUAUCGACUACUUGAAGGAUGAUGUGCAAAUUGUUCGUGAUAUUCCAUCAUGGUUCACUGACAAGUCAGAACUGUUCACAAGCAUAAGACGAACAGUGAAAAACAUCCCCAAGUAUGCUCCCGCGCAAUUCUACAUUGACAAUGUCUUACCUCGGAUCAAAGAGAAGAAGAUAAUGGCCUUAAAGCCUUUUGUAGAUCGACUUGGCUAUGAUAAUGUCCCUCAAGAAAUCAACAGGUUGAGGUGCAGGGUGAACUACCAUGCUCUCAAGUUUCUUCCUGAGAUCAAUGAAAUGGCUAAUCAACUUGUAGCAAGGAUGAGAAAUCGGACUGGCAAUUCAAAUCCUUUUAUGGCUCUUCAUCUUAGAUUUGAGAAAGGAAUGGUAGGACUUUCAUUUUGUGACUUUGUGGGGACAAGGGCAGAGAAAGCUUUGAUGGGAUUAUACAGAUUAAAAGAGUGGCCUAGGCGGUUCAAGGAUGGUUCUCAUUUAUGGCCGCUUGCGCUACAGAAAAGGAAAGAAGGACGAUGCCCUCUUGAGCCUGGGGAAGUGGCAGUAAUGCUGCGAGCAAUGGGAUAUCCAAAAGAAACUCAAAUAUAUGUUGCUUCUGGCCAGGUCUAUGGUGGGCAGAACCGCAUGGCUCCGCUUAGGAACAUGUUCCCUAAUCUUGUAACAAAGGAGGAGUUAACAACAAAAGACGAAUUAGACGGUUUCAGAAAGCAUGUCACAAGCUUGGCUGCCUUAGAUUUCUUGGUGUGCCUGAAAUCAGACGUUUUUGUGAUGACCCAUGGAGGCAACUUUGCAAAAUUAAUAAUCGGUGCGAGGAGGUACAUGGGUCACCGCCAAAAAUCGAUAAAACCCGAUAAAGGUCUGCUUUCUAAAUCUUUAGGUGAUCCCUAUAUGGGUUGGGCUACUUUUGUUGAAGAUGUUGUCAUGACCCACCAGACCCGCACUGGGCUUCCAGAGGCAACGUUCCCCAACUAUGACAUUUGGGAGAACCCUUUAACACCUUGUAUGUGCAAAGCUUGAUCAUACAGUCAGGUUUCUUUAGAAGCUAAUAUAUCCAAUCAUCUUCAAGCUAUCAACUACAACCUACAAAGACAACAGCAAUACAUGGACCCAUGUAUGAUAUGAUUAUGAAAAGAGGAAAUGAAGAUGGUUGGUGCCAGGGGAAAUAGAUCAAUUGUGAUUCUUGUAAUCGUAAGAGCUGGAUAUGUUUGGAUUAGUGAUGGGUGGAUUGGUGGUGUAAAUUAACAUAGAGAGAAAGUAUAAAAGGGGAUUAGCCCUCUUCGAUUUGAGGGGAUUAACUUUUUGAACUAUCUACUUGUAGUUUCAUUGCAAACUAACCAUUGUUUUGUGAAAAUGUCAAGAGACGCUAAACUUUGCAAGAAAGUGGGUUUUGGAAGAUUAUGCAAAAUGAACCACCAUGGUCAUUUGAUUUUUGAAAAGUACAGCGUACUUGUGCAUUUUUGCUAGAACAUGGUAUUUGUUUGUGAUGAAAUCAAGUAUGGUAGAUGAAAAGGAAUCCCCAAUGUUUGUUGUAUCUUGACUUUGUGGCAAACGGGUAAGGGUUGAUUGUUUCAUAUAGGUAUAUGUAGUUAUUUAAUUUGAAUUUUGUGGCUUCUAUAUGGGAAAAAGUUACUUUGGUUUUAA